AUGGAAGUGCUAUGGGGAUCUGCAUCGAAAAAAGUUCAAAAUGAAAUCCUCAAAGUCUGCGACGACUCCGAUGUUAAGAAGGCGUUGAAUGCCUACUCCAAAUCCUGCUCCGAGUCUGGAAACAAAGUUGCGCUUAUUGAGAUCCCUUCCACCCUAACCACCAUGUCUGCGACCGGAUCGCCAACCGGCUCUUCUAUCCCAGUUGAAACAACUGCUUCCGGCACUGCCUCUGGCGGUGCACCUACAGAGACUGGAAAUGCCGGCUCUUCCCUCAAAUCCAAAUCUUUCGCUGUGGCAGCGAUUGCAGCAAUGGUUGGAGCUGCUGCCAUGUAA